AUGUCGAACGCUCUGAUAGUUGUCUGGGAAAGGCUUAAGAAGUUCUCUACACCGACUGCGUCGCCCCAGGAUAAAGGUAAAUACGUAUUGUUUGGAGUUUUGAACAUAAUCAUCUUUGGUUUGGGAAUGAUUAUUAUUGGAAUACUAAAUAAUGAUGCAUCCGACAUUAUUACCGGAGUUCUCCAAUUAUUAUUACCAUUCGUCGGAUGGGUUUGGGCGAUUGUAUGGGGUAUUGCAAUAAUCUGUAGGAACCUCUAA